AUGGCAGUUCUCGAUUUCGCUAGUCGUGUUGCGACAACCAUUGGAGAAACAUAUAUCGCACAUGCUCAAAGUCGGCCAGCUAUUGCUGCCAUUGAGGCGCAAGCUGCUCGUGAUGAACGUCGAGAUAUGAUUAUCUACGAGAUAGUGAUCAAUGGUCAGCGUUAUCCAUCCGAUGGUCGAGGAUUAUGUCUUUGUAAAUGCUGCAAAGGUAAAGAUUGUUAUGCAACAGAAACAAAAGGAAGUUUUGCACUUAUUAAUGGUAAUCGAUGUUAUGAUUCAAAAUAUGCUUGUAUAUCAAUGAAUUGUGCAAAACAAUUUCCAACAAUGUGUUCUUUGCAUUCAAAUGAUGGAAAUAUUCUUGCUGAAUGUCGUCCUAUGAUUUCUUGA